AAUAUUUAGUUCCUUUAGGACGAGUGAACGUAGUAGACGUUUGCAAAGAACAUUUUAACCUCAAAACCAAAUGUCACCAUUUAUUUUUCCAACUAAUCAAGUGAAAUAAAUUUUGUCUGUGACGCGGUGUAGUUAGAAAAAAAUAUUUUACAUCGAAUUUUUUUUUGUUUUGAUUCUAUCAAAACGAAGUAUUUAUUAUUUUGUAUAUCUUUGUUGUUGUGGAAAAGUUAUUCUAAAUAGCGUGUGCAUUAUUAUCUAUAGAUAAAUCGCUUGUUGGUGCUUUUAAUAAAAUAUUAAUCAUUUAAUAAGGAGUUUCAUUGGAAAACGAACGAACGAACGAACUUAUAGAUAGACAAAUGUAUAUCCUUACAAAGUCGUAGUAGAAUAAAUUAUUUAUUUCUAAAGUGCUUCUUAACUGGGCUGCAAAAAGUGACAUUCGUAUAAAUAUUGGAAGGGAAAUUACUCUGACUCAAUUCGAUUACUCAUAAAAACGACUGAUAACAGAAGAAAAAGAAAAAUACAGUGAAGAAAAAAAAAAGGGAAGGAAGAGCCACAAAAGGGAGAGAUUCAGUUUAUUGACCGAGAGGAUUAAAUACUUUUUUUCUGUGGUAUCCAUUUCCGGGCCCUCAACAAAGCAGCUUGUCCGAAAAUGCCUGACGAACGAAGUGUAAUAGUUGACACUUCGAAAGGCAAACAAGAACGGGCACUCAGCUACUGUAAGUUUAACCUUUCUGACGAUGAAAUCAGUGGCCACUCUUCAACGUGUGGCAAAAUUCUAAUAUUCCUGUCAUGCGUUCUGGUUGCACUAACAUUACCGUUCAGCUUGUUUGUGUGUUUCAAGGUUGUGCAGGAAUACGAACGUGCGGUUAUAUUUCGAUUGGGUAGACUGAUGCAAGGAGGUGCCAAAGGACCUGGAAUUUUUUUCAUUUUACCAUGUAUCGAUGCUUACGCUCGUGUGGAUUUGAGAACAAGGACGUACGAUGUACCACCGCAAGAGGUCCUUACAAAGGAUAGCGUCACGGUGUCGGUGGAUGCUGUAGUUUAUUACCGUGUGUCAAAUGCCACCGUUUCUAUAGCCAAUGUUGAAAAUGCACACCACUCUACGCGCCUCUUGGCACAAACGACGCUCCGCAAUACAAUGGGAACGCGCCAUUUACACGAGAUUCUUAGUGAGAGGAUGACAAUUUCUGGAACCAUGCAAGUUCAACUGGACGAGGCAACCGAUGCUUGGGGCAUCAAAGUCGAACGUGUAGAAAUCAAGGACGUUCGACUACCCGUUCAAUUGCAACGUGCAAUGGCUGCUGAAGCUGAGGCAGCACGAGAGGCACGUGCCAAAGUUAUUGCUGCUGAGGGUGAACAAAAAGCUUCACGAGCACUACGUGAAGCAUCUGAAGUUAUUGGUGAUUCACCUGCUGCUCUUCAGCUACGUUAUCUGCAGACUUUGAAUACGAUUUCGGCCGAAAAGAAUUCCACCAUCGUAUUUCCAUUGCCAAUUGAUUUGAUAACCUACUUUAUGAAGACAAUGGACGCAUCUAAAAAUGUUCAACAACAAUAAAUUUAAAUCGCCAGGAAAUAUAUUUUUUUUAAUUUUUAAAAUGGCACAUUUAACACAUCUUGGGAUAGUGAAUUCUUUCUUUUUUUUGUGUAUAAAUCAAUUUUGAAACAAAAAAAAAGCAAGAAAAAUUGAUUGAUAAUUUGGUUUCUGACGCUUUUUACUGAAUCAAAGUAUUAAAACAAAAAAAAAAAAAAAACAAAAAUAAGCAAACUUAAAAAUACAAUUAAGUGGUUUCAACAAAUGGACAUCUUGAUGUGAAAAGAAUAAUAAUUAUAACGAAAAUCCUCUUUUACUUAG